ACAGAGGCAGCAAGGCACGGGACUUUCAGAAGCCAAGGCUGCAGCAGCAGCUAGUGACCAGUGGUGCCGACCGGACCAGCCAUGGAACUGAGUGUCACCGCUGUGAUCUUAACUCUGACUGCAAUCCUCUGUCUUUACUACUGGAACAACAGGGGGAGGAGAAGCCGGCUCCCCCCGGGACCCCCGGCCCUCCCACUCAUCGGCAACUCGCUACACAUCGACAAGCGAGCCCCCGAUCGCUCACUCAUCCAGCUCGGCAGGAAGUACGGCCCGGUGUUCACCAUCUGGCUGGGCCCCAGGCCCGCCGUGGUGCUCUGCGGAUACAAGGCCGUGAAGGAGGCUCUCGUCGACCAGGCAGACGAUUUUGGUGCCCGGGGAACGAUCCCCUCGAUCAGCAAGGUGACGAAUGGAUACGGGAUCGCCAGCAGUAACGGCCCGCGGUCCCGCCAGCUGCGCAGCUUCGCCAUCACCGCCCUCGGUCACCGCGGCAACGGCACCUCGACGCUGGAAGGGUUCGUGCAGCAAGAGGCUGAGACCCUGGUGGAAGCCUUCACAAAGACCCAAGAGUUGCCCUUUGACCCCACCUUCCGGCUCACGUGUGCCACGGCCAACAUCAUGUGCGCGGUGGUCUUUGGCUGCCGCUUUGACCACACGGACCCCAAGCUGCUGGCUCUACUCCACAUGAUGGAUGAAAACAUGAAGGUCAUCAGCAGCCCUUGGGGGCAGCUCUACGACCUGCUCCCAAACCUCCUGGACUGCCUCCCAGGUCCACACAACAGGCUCUUCGAAAAUGCGAAUAAAAUAAAGAGCUUCCUGAGAGAAAUGAUCCAGCUGCACAAGGACACGCACAGGGAGGGCACGCCUCGCGACUUCAUCGAGAGCUUCCUCGCCAAGAUGGACGAGGAGAAAGGUAACCCGAGGUCGGAGUUCAACGAUGAGAAUCUUCUCCUGUCCACGUUUAACAUCUUUCUUGCCGGGACUGACACCACGGGCUCCACCAUGCGCUGGGGGCUCCUGAUCUUUCUCAAAUACCCAGAGGUGCAGGAAAAGAUACAAAGUGAGAUUGAUCGGGAAAUCGGGAUGGAUCGCACACCGUGCAUGGGAGACCGGGAGAAGAUGCCAUACACCAAUGCCGCCAUCCAUGAGAUCCAGCGAUACGCCAACAUUAUCCCUCUCAACCUCCCCCACACCGUCACCAGAGACACAGAGUUCCGGGGAUUCCUGAUCCCAAAGGGAAUGCUUGUGAUUCCACUGCUUUCUUCUGUUUUGUACGAUCCCAGUUGCUGGGAGACUCCAAAAUCGUUCAACAUCAACCAUUUUCUGGAUGAGAGGGGUCAGCUGAAGCACAAGGACGCCUUCCUGCCAUUUUCAAUAGGGAACCGAAUGUGCAUCGGUGAGAAGGUGGCUGAGAUGCAACUCUUCAUCUUCCUAACCACCCUGCUACAGAAGUUCACCUUCAGGUCGCCGGUGGAACCCUCUGCCAUUGACAUCAGUCCCCUGUCGAGUGGGUUUUCCACGCUGCAUCACCCCUACCAGCUCUACUGCAUUCCCCGCCGGCCAGCACGAAGGCCAGCCAGCGAGUGAAGUUGCCAAGACCGCCACACGCACACACACGAUCCGCCAAGUGUUGGCGCGCUACAAGUAAAGGCAGGAAAUGCCGGAAACCCUGAUCAAGUCAGGCAGCAUCUGUGGAGAGAGAAUCGACGUCAAUAGUUCACCGUGACGAUUUUCAUCAGACUAGGAUAUUUUGAAAAACGGACAAGUGGUGGAGAAGUGGGGAAAUUGGAGCAUGUCCCUUUAGGAAGGAGAUGAGGAGGGAUUUCUUUAGCCAGAGGGUGGUGAAUCUGUAGAAUUCAUUGCCACAGAAGCCUGUGGAGGCUAAUUCAAUGGAUAUUUUCAAGGC